UGGUACUAUGACUUGCAGAUUAUUUUCCUAGAUGCUAUCUAGGAGUAUAUAAUAAGAGGAGGACUAGUCAUAAAAUCGCAGAGAGUCAUAUAUGGAGGGCGAAGAAGAGGUGAAGCUAUUGGGAGCAUGGUACAGUCCAUUUGUUCAGAGGGUGAAAUGGGGUCUGAAGAUGAAGGGAGUCCAGUACCAAGACAUCGAACAAGACCUCACCAACAAGAGCCCUCUUCUCCUCAACUCCAACCCUAUACACAAGAGAGUACCUGUCCUGCUUCACUCCACCCACAAACCAAUCUCUGAGUCACUUGUCAUCGUUGAGUACAUUGAUGAGACUUGGGAACACAACCCCUUGUUGCCUAAGGACCCCUAUCAAAGAGCCAUGGCUAGAUUCUGGGCUAAGUUUGCUGAGGAAAAGUUUACUGAAGUGGUAAGGAAAACAGUAUUUCUUGAUGGAGAGAAACAAGAAAAGGAAGUGAUGCAAGCCAUAGAUGCCCUAGAAAUCAUUGAAGGAGAGCUCAAGGGUAAGAAGUUCUUUGGAGGUGACACCGUUGGGUAUGUGGACAUCGUCAUGGGGUGGAUUGCUGUUUGGCUUGGAGUGGUUGAGGAGGUUGCAGGCAUCAAAGUGUUUGACCCUCUAAAGUUCCCCUGUUUGGAUACAUGGAUGGGUUGCUUUUUAGAGUUACCAUUCAUCAAAGAGGACUUACCACCAAGGGAUAACUUGGUAGCCUACUUCCACAAUUACCGUCAAUUUGUACUGGCUUCACCUGCUCAAAUAUGAGAGGUUUCGACACGAAUUCUCUGGUGUACACAUGCAAGCGAUCUGAGUCAUUUCGUGCUGUAUAACACGGUGCUAUUACAAAAAAUUACUAAAUUAAAAAUAAAGAACUAGUUAUGUCAUGUAUCUAAUAUUAUUAUCUUAAUACACUUGGAAGGCUUUUCACCAUCGUUUUGCUUUGUUUAGAAUGCAA